CUUCCGCCCACGUGACACACUCGAGCCCCUCCCCCCAACAUGGCGGUGCCCAGGCGCUCCAGCCGCACGUGAGAAAGGCCGGGUUGCUGGUGAGCUGAGAGCACCGCGUGAAAGCCCCAUUCUGCUCCUUAGCACCGACUUCAUCCCUCUGACUCUUGCGGAGGCCGCUGCGGGCCUCGCCUCUCUGCAGCCAUGAAGAUAAAGCCCGUUGCUCACAAGACGGAGAACACGUACCGGUUUCUUACAUUUGCUGAGCGGCUGGGGAAUGUGAAUAUCGAUAUUAUUCACCGCAUCGAUAGAACUGCAAGCUAUGAUGAGGAAGUCGAAACCUACUUCUUCGAGGGUCUGCUGAAAUGGAGAGAACUGAACCUUACAGAACACUUCGGAAAAUUUUAUAAAGAAGUUAUUGACAAGUGCCAAUCAUUUAAUCAGUUGGUCUAUCAUCAAAAUGAGAUCGUUCAGAGUUUGAAAACUCAUCUGCAAGUUAAGAACAGUUUUGCCUACCAACCCCUUUUGGACUUGGUAGUUCAGCUGGCGCGAGACCUGCAGACAGAUUUCUACCCACACUUCCCGGACUUCUUCCUGGCCAUCACCUCCAUCCUGGAGACACAGGACACAGAGCUGCUGGAGUGGGCCUUCACCGCGCUGUCCUACCUGUACAAGUACCUGUGGAGACUGAUGGUGAAGGACAUGGCCCGGAUUUACAGCAUGUACAGUACACUCUUGGCUCAUAGAAAACUACAUAUAAGAAAUUUUGCUGCUGAAAGCUUUACUUUUUUGAUGAGAAAGGUCUCUGAUAAAAAUGCCCUUUUCAAUUUAAUGUUUCUUGAUCUCAAUGAACAUCCAGAAAAAGUGGAAGGAGUGGGACAGUUACUCUUUGAAAUGUGCAAGGGCGUUAGGAACAUGUUUCACUCCUGUGCAGGCCAGGCAGUGAAGCUAAUUUUGCAGAAGCUGGGACCAGUUACUGAAACACAGACCCACCUUCCGUGGGUUUUAGUGGGGGAAACACUGAAACACAUGGCCAGAUCUGCUGUUGCCUAUGUCUACAAGGAACAUUUCGGUACAUUUUUUGACUGUUUGCAAGAGUCACUCCUGGAUCUGCAUGACAGAGGAACGAAAAAGAACUCUUGCGGAAGUUCUGAGCAGAUCCAGAGGUUGCUCGAGACGUACCUGAUACUUGUGAGCCAUGGGAGCGGAUCCAAGAUAAGCAGCCCCGCCGGUGUCUGUAAGGUGUUGUCUCAAACAGUAACCGUAGCCAGUCUCUCCACGUCUUGCCGCAAGACGCUCUUGGAUGUAAUUUCUGCUUUGAUCCUGGGUGGAAAUGUUUCCUUGCCGGACACCCUCAUCAGAGAAACCACAGAGAAAGUUUUUGAGAGCGGAUUGGAAAGACGUUUAAUCUUUGAUUUUUCUGAAGUCAUGUUUGCUAUGAAGCAGUUUGAGCAGCUUUUUCUGCCUAGCUUUCUCACAUACGUUGAGGAUUGCUUCUUGGCUGAUGACGACGUGGCCCAGGACGAAGCCCUGGCCAUCCUUGCCAAGCUCAUUCUGCAUAAAGCAGCGCCUCCCACUGCCAGCUCCAUGGCGAUUGAGAAGUACCCUCUGCUCUUCUGCGCAGGGACCAAGCGAUCCCACUUAAGGCAGAAGACGAGAUCCAAGGAAGAAGAGCAGCGAUUUCCAGUAUUGGACCAUCUCUUGUCUGUCAUUCAGUCGCCUCCAGAUAAAGAUACAACUUCCCUUUCGCGGUCGUGGGCCGUGCUCGUGGUGUUACCACAUGUCAGACCCCUUGAGAAGGAGCGGGUGCUUCCGCUGGUGUCGUGCUUCGCGGAGGCGCUCUUCAGGACUGUGGACAGCGGGAGCUUUGGGCGAGGAAACUUAUUUGUUCUCUGUCAAGCCGUAAGUACGCUGCUAAGUUUGGAAGACUCUUCUGCACCUCUCCAUCUGGUUCCCGUGGAGCGAGUGAAGAACUUAGUGUUGGCCUUCCCGGCAGAGCCGUCUGUGUUGCUGCUGGCCGACCUCUAUUACCAGAGGUUAUCCUUCUGUGGCUGCAGAGGGCCGCUGUCUGAGGAGGCGCUGAUGGAGGUGCUCCCCAGCUUACAAGCCAACAUCUCGACCGGCGCAUCCAAGAUUCGGCUUUUGACGAUAAGAAUCUUGAACCAUUUUGAUAUCCGGCUUCCAGAACGGAUGGAGGACGACGUGCUCUCGGAGCGGCCAUCCGCCUUCGCUGUCCUGCGCCAGGCGGAGCUCGUCCCGGCGACUGUGAGUGACUACAGGGAGAAGCUGCUUCACUUGAGGAAACUGAGGCACGAUGUGGUGCGCACCACAGUCCCCGAUGGGCCGCUGCAGGAGGUGCCCCUCCGGUACCUGCUGGGCAUGUUGUACGUCAACUUCAGCGCGCUCUGGGAGCCCGUGAUCGAGCUCAUAAGUUCUCAUGCUCAUGAAAUGGAAAAUAAGCAAUUUUGGAAAGUCUACUAUGAACAUCUAGAGAAAGCAGCUACCCGUGCUGAAAAAGAACUGCAGAGGGACACAGAUGAGGAGGAACCUGUGGGAGAUGCGAGUUGGGAGCAGGCCCAGGAAGGAGACGUGGGCGCUCUUUAUCAGGAGCAGUUAGCGUUGAAGACUGACUGUCGGGAAAGACUAGACCAUACCAACUUCCGGUUUUUGCUCUGGCGGGCUCUGGCGAAAUUCCCAGAGAGAGUAGAGCCCCGGUCCAGGGAGCUUUCCCCGCUCUUCCUGAGAUUUAUCAGCAACGAGUAUUACCCAGCGGAUCUGCAAGUGGCUCCAACCCAGGACCUUCGGAAGAAGGGCAGUGGGGUGGUAGCAGAGGAGAGAGAGGAAGAGACUGCUGCCGGAGAUGAGGAGGACUUGGAGGAAGAGGCGGAGCCCCCGGAGGAGCCCCCCCAGAAGAAAAAGACACGGAGAGCAGCUGCGAAGCAGUUAAUUGCUCAUCUGCAAGUUUUCUCUAAAUUUUCAAAUCCACGGGCUUUAUAUCUGGAGUCCAAAUUAUAUGAGUUGUAUCUUCAGCUGUUGCUGCACCAGGAUCAAACAGUGCAGAAAGUAACCUUGGAUUGCAUAAUGACGUACAGACAUCCCCAUAUCCUUCCUUAUAGGGAAAACCUACAGAGGUUGCUUGAUGACAAAACCUUUAAGGAAGAGAUAGUGCAUUUCAGCAUUUCAGAAGAAAAUGCUGUCGUGAAAACCGCCCACCGAGCAGAACUGUUUCCUAUUCUGAUGAGAAUUCUGUACGGGCGAAUGAAGAAUAAGACUGGGAGUAAAACCCAGGGCAAGGCCGCCUCGGGCACCCGCACGGCCACGGUCCUGCGCUUCCUGGCGGGCUCCGAGCCGGAGGAGAUCCAGGUCUUCCUGGACCUGCUGUCGGAGCCUGUGAAGCACUUCAAGAACGGAGAGUGCCAUGCCGCCGUCCUGCAAGCUGUCAAAGACCUGGAUCUGUCCGGAGUUCUCCCCUUGGGUCGUCAGCACGGCAUCCUGAACAGCCUGGAGAUGGUGCUGAGGAACGUCAGCCAUCUCAUCCACGCGUACCUGCCCAAGAUCCUGCAGAUACUGCUGUGCGUGACGGCCACCGCCUCGCAUGUCCUCGGCCAGCGAGAGAAGAUACAGCUGCGGUUUAUUAACCCCCUGAAAAAUUUACGGCGUCUUGGAAUCAAAAUGGUCACGGAUAUCUUUCUGGACUGGGAAUCCUACCCGUUCGGAACAGAGGAAAUCGACGCUGUGUUUCACGGUGCAGUUUGGCCCCAGAUCUGCCGGCUUGGAUCUGAGACUCAGUAUUCACCUACUCCUCUGCUGAAGCUCAUUAGUGUCUGGAGCAGAAAUUCGAGGUAUUUCCCUCUUCUGGCUAAACAGAAGCCAGGGCACCCAGAAUGCGACAUCCUGACCAACGUCUUCACAGUUCUCUCAGCAAAGAAUCUCUCCGAUGCCACAGCCAGCAUCGUGAUGGACAUGGUUGACGACCUCCUGAACCUUCCAGAUUUCGAGCCCACAGACGCAGUGCCAAACCUGCCAGUGACUGGCUGUGUGUCCGCUGACCCUCCAGGCAACACAGCCGAACCCAUCACAAUGGGAGGAAGACUGAUUCUACCUCACGUGCCUGUAAUUCUUCAGUAUCUCAGCAAAACCACAGUCAGCGCAGAGAAGGUGAAAAAGAAAAAAAAUAGAGCGCAAGUCAGUAAGGAACUUGGCAUUCUAUCAAAGAUCAGCAAGUUUAUGAAAGACAAGGAACAGAGCUCUGUGCUCAUCGCACUGCUGCUCCCCUUCCUGCACCGCGGCAACGUCGCGCAGGACACAGAGGUUGAUAUCCUGGUGACGGUGCAGAACUUGCUGCAGCGCUGUGUGGACCCGACCAGCUUCCUCAAGCCUCUGGCCAGACUCUUCUCGGUCGUUAAGAACAAGCUGUCCAGACAGUUGCUGUGCACAGUUUUCCAGGGUCUCUCUGAUUUCGAAAGUGGACUAAAGUAUAUUACUGAUGUUGCCAAGCUGAACGCCUUUGAUAAGAGACAUCUGGACGAGAUCAACUUCGACGUGCGCUUCACCGAGUUCCAGGCAAUCGCAGCUCACGUUAAGGAGAUGCAAACCGUGGAUGUGGACUACCUGAUUCCAGUGCUGCACAAUUGUUUCUAUAACAUGGAGCUGGGGGACAUGUCCUUAAGUGACAAUGCCAGCAUGUGCCUCAUGAGUGUCAUCAGGAAGCUGGCAGCCUUGAACGUCGCCGAGAAAGACUAUCGGGAAGUCAUCCAGCGCUCCCUCCUGGAGAGAGUGCGGAAGGGCUUGAGGAGCCCCACGGAGAGUAUUCAGCAGGAUUAUACCACCGUACUUUCGUGUCUAAUUCAAACCUUCCCAGAUCGACUGGAGUUUAAAGACCUCGUGCAGCUCACGCACCGGCAGGACCCAGAGAUGGACUUCUUUGAGAACAUGAAGCACAUUCAGAUCCAUAGACGGGCCAGAGCCCUGAAGAAACUGGCGAAGCAGCUGACGGAAGGCAAGGUGGUGCUGUCUUCCAAGUCUCUGCAGAACUACGUCAUGCCUUAUGCCAUGACUCCGGUUUUUAAUGAGAGAAUGCUCAAGCAUGAGAACAUAACCGUCGCUGCCGUAGAAGCUAUCGGAGCUGCGUGCAGACACCUCGCCUGGCCGGCGUACAUCUACUACCUGAAGCACUUCAUUCACGUCCUGCAGGCGGGACAGGUCCAUCACAAGCUGGGCGUCAAUUUGCUGGUGACGGUGUUGGAAGCGUUCCACUUCGACCACAAGACGCUUGAGGAGCAAAUGGGGAAAAUUCAGAAUGAACAGAACGCAGUGGAGAUGACGGAGUCCCCAGAGGAGGAGGCCAUGGAAGUGGAGCCCCCGGGUGAGGAUGCGAAGGAAGACACGCGUGAGACGCCAGAUGCCACUGAGGCUGCGGGAAACCCUGACCCGGUCAACCCCGCAGGGACAGCCACCAAGGAGCCCGAGGGCGCCCCACCGGCCGUCUCCUUCCUUCCUCGGAGCAAGGAAGAGCUGGAGAGAACAGUUAGAGCCGUCCACGGAACCAUCACUGGGGACAUCCUCCCCCGGCUGCACAAGUGCCUGGCGGCCACGACUAAACGGGAAGAAGAGCACAAGCUCAUCAAGUCAAAGGUCGUGAACGACGAGGAGGUGGCCCGCGUGCCCUUAGCAUUUGCCAUGGUCAAGCUGAUGCGGUCCCUUCCGCAGGAGGUGAUGGAGGCCAACCUGCCAAGUGUCUUGCUGAAAGUGUGUGCCCUCCUCAAGAACAGAGCGCAGGAGAUCAGAGACGUGGCCCGCAGUACCCUUGCCAAGAUCUUGGAGGACUUGGGUGUGCGCUUCCUGCAGUACGUCCUGAGAGAGCUGCAGACCACUCUGGUGCGCGGGUAUCAGGUGCACGUGCUGACCUUCACUGUCCACCUGCUGCUGCAAAGCCUGGCCAGCCGCCUGCAGGUCGGGGACCUGGACGCCUGCUUGGACAUCAUGAUCGAGAUCUUCAACCGGGAAUUAUUUGGGGCCGUCGCUGAGGAGAAGGAAGUGAAGCAGAUACUGUCCAAAGUCAUGGAGGCGCGGAGAAGCAAGAGCUAUGAAUCCUACGAGAUCCUGGGCAAGUUUGUAGGAAAAGAUCAAGUUACGAAACUCAUCCUCCCGCUGAAAGAGGUCCUGCAGAGCACCACAAGCCUGAAGCUGGCGCGGAAGGCUCACGAGACCCUGCGGCGCAUCACGGCGGGGCUGGUCGUCAAUCCCGCCAUGGCCGCGGAGGCCCUGCUGCUGCUCAGCUACGGUCUGAUCAGCGAAAACCUGCCGCUGCUCACGGAGAAGGAGAAGAACCCAGCUGCCCCUGCGCCCGACCCGCGGCUGCCCCCCGAGAGCUGCCUGCUGCUCCCCCCAGCUCCGGUCCGAGGCGGGCCGAAGGCUGCGGUGGCCAGGAAGACCAACAUGCACAUUCUGAUCGAGUCCGGGCUGCGGCUGCUGCACCUGAGUCUGAAGACAGCCAAGGUCAGGUCCUCGAGCGAGCACGCCCUUGAGAUGCUCGACCCGUUCGUGUCCCUCCUCAUCAGCUGCCUGGACUCCCGGGACGUGAAGGUGAUCACCGGCGCUCUGCAGUGCCUCCUCUGGGUCUUACGGUUCCCUCUGCCAUCCAUAGACGCCACAGCGGGGCAGCUGACAAGGCACCUCUUCCUCCUGCUGAAGAGCUAUGCCAGGCUGGGGGCUGCCCGGGGCCCCAACUUCCACCUGGUGGUGAACUGCUUCAAGUGUGUGACAGUCCUCGUGAAGAAAGUCAGGUCCCACCAGGUCACUGAGAAGCAGCUGCAAGUCCUGCUGGCGUACGCGGAGGAGGACAUCUAUGACACCUCCAGACAAGCCACUGCCUUCGGCCUUCUGAAGGCCAUUUUAUCAAGAAAGUUACUGGUCCCAGAAAUCGACGAUGUCAUGCGGAAGGUGUCCACGCUGGCCAUUUCUGCGCAGAGUGAGCCCGCCAGGGUCCAGUGCCGCCAGGUCUUCCUGAAGUACCUCCUGGACUACCCGCUGGGGGAGAGGCUGAGGCCGAACCUGGAGUUCAUGCUCGCCCAGCUGAGUUACGAGCACGAGACGGGGCGCGAGUCCACCCUGGAGAUGAUCGCCUACCUCUUCGACGCCUUCCCUCAGGGCCUGCUGCACGAGAACUGCGGCCUGUUCUUCAUCCCGCUCUGCCUGGCCACGGUCAACGACGCCUCAGCCACCUGCAGGAGGAUGGCGGCCCUGGCCCUCAAGGCCCUGCUUGGCAAGCUCAGCGCCGAGAAGCGGGACUGGCUCUUCGGCAUGGUCACCUCCUGGUUUGGUGCGAAGAAGCGGAUGAACAGGCAGCUGGCCGCCCUCACCUGCGGUUUGUUUGUGGAAAGCGAAGGAGCUGACUUUGAGAAACGGCUCGCAGCUGUUCUCCCCAUCCUUGAGAAGGAAAUUGACCCUGAAAACUUCCAAGAUAUCGUGGAGGAGACGCAGGAGAAGGCUGCCGACCGCCUGCUCUUCCACUUCCUCACGCUGCUGAGUAAGCUGGUCAAGGAGUGCGGCAUUCUCCGCCUCACCACGCCCGCCGAGACGCUGAGCAACAUCUGGAGUCACGUGCACGCUCACCUGCGGCACCCGCACAGCUGGGUGUGGCUCAUGGCCGCGCAGCUCUUCGGCCUGCUGUUCGCCUCCUGCCCGCCCGAGGAGCUGGUUGCACACUGGAGAGCCGCGGGGAGGAGAGCCCGGGGCCCCGCCGCAGUCCGCUUCCUCGCGGGGGACCUCGCCCUCAAGAUGAGGAGCCUCGCCCUGGCCUCCUGCCACCAGCUGCACUCCCGCUUCCUCGAGCCGGCGCUGGGCGAGCAGGUUGUUAAGAAUCUGCUGUUCGUAGCCAAAGUCUUGUACUUGCUAGAAGCGGAUUCGGAGGCUGGGCAAAGCCAGGCGCCAGAAGACACUGAGGACGCUGUGGCUGCGGGCGACCAUGGGGACAGCGACAGGACGCCGGGCUGCGCGGGGGAGGAGGGCGCCGGGCCCCGUGGCCGCACCUCCCUGCUCUGGCUGCUCCUGAAGCUGACUCGAGUGGCCAAGCUGGAAGCCGCCUACUCACCACGGAGCCCCUUGAAGAGAACGUGCAUCUUCAAGUUCCUCGGUGCCGUGGCCCUGGACCUCGGCGCGGACAAGGUCAAGCCCUAUCUGCCCGUGAUCCUGGCUCCCCUGUUCCGGGAGCUGAACAGCACCUACUCCGAGCAAGACCCUGCGCUGAAGACCCUGUCCCAGGAAGUCAUUGAGCUGCUCAAAAGGCUGGUCGGCCUCGAGAGCUUCUCCCUGGCCUUCGCCUCCGUGCAGAAGCAGGCGAGCGCCAAGCGGGCCCUGCGCAAGCGGAGGAAGGCGCUGGAGUUCGUAACUAACCCCGAUAUUGCUGCCAAGAAAAAGAUGAAGAAACACAAAAAUAAAAGUGAAGCAAAGAAGAGAAAGAUCGAGUUCCUGCGUCCAGGCUACAAGGCCAAGCGACAGAGAGGCCGCAGCCUGCGGGACCUGGCCAUGGUGGAGUAGUGCGAUGGGACGGGCCGGAGCCUCGGUGGAGACUGUCUAGUGUGUAGAGUCUAAAGUAAUCGUGCUCUUUUUUAAAAAAGUAAAACGUUUAAUGCUGCUACUGUAUCUUCUUGGUCUAAAAAGCACCUCACGCUGAAAGUUUACAAUGUAACUUCUCAAUAAAAAGGAAGUUUACCUCA